GCAGCCGUCCGCCGCGCGGUAUAGAUCGUUAGCCGUUGUUUCGCGCACGGAGCGUACAACGAGUGCGUGACACCCACCUCCGUGCGUCCGUCCGUCCGUCUAUCCAUUCGCGGCGCCGUGGUUUGUGUCGUUUCCUCGACACUCUCUGUCUUGCCCUCGGGUGUCUUCUCGCCGCUCCGGUUUUUUGCGAACGAUCCUCCGCCGAGCGAACGCGCGCGCGCUCUUUUUUACCGUCAAUUUGUACGAAUCGCGGGCGAAUCGAUAGCGCGAACGAUAAUCGUUUUUGUACGCGUAGCGAGUCUGUGUUUCGCGAGAAGCGAUCGACCUCCCGGUCGCAGUUUUCCUUCGGGAACGAGAACGCAUUUGUCGACGCCAUAGCGUGAGCUUGACGUUUUCAAGUGAUGCUGGUUGUUUGGCAAGGAGCUCGCCGUUGCCUGAGUUGCAGCGGGCAGCGCACUAAUCAGGGUCACCAAUUCCAUCAAAAGUCGCACCAUCGUCGCGAGCCGAUCAGCGAGAAGCUCGACCGGUAUCAUCUCGUUAGAUCCAGGGGAGAUGCGGCCUCGCUGUUGGAGCUGAGACCGUCCCGUCGGCUGCGAAAGUUCGUGGGCCCGCAUCCGAAAUCGAUCACGAAAAAGUAAGGAUCACUCGCGUCAGGAUCAUCAUCCGCGCACUCCAUCAUCCUCGUAUCCUUCGCUCGAAAGAACGAAGCACGAGAGACACUGUCGAAUCUAGCCGGGUCUAAGCAAAAAAAAAAA